GUGGAGAUACAUACGGAUAUACGUUUCCUGGUUGGUGUAGUAUCGUCGUCGUCGUCGCCGCAGACACCACCGUUGUCGAAACGGAUCUCAUGCCAAAUCCAAAAAGCCAAAAGUUGUAGCUUAUUCGCAUCCACUGAGUCAGUAUUGAAAUAGGAAGCGGAUAACGUAUAGUGAUGGUAAAACCCGUAGAAAUGGAUUCCGGGUUUUUUCUAUUACUUAAGUCAAAGUGAGUAGAAAGAAUUUUGUUAGUACUUUAAAAUUUCGGAUUCAGAUUUUUAAAAUAGUUUACGUUUUUCUUUUCUGACACAAAAUAAAAUGAGGUGACAUUACUUAUCCAAGUAGAAAAAUGCCGUAUCCUACUAAAAAUUCUAAGUACAGUGGUACUAACUCUACCAGUGGUGGUAGUAAUAGUGGUUACUCGUCGUCACCGUUUGGAGGUGGGGGCAACUUUCUGGGACGGUAUGAUCCUUACGGAUCUGGGAGUAGUCCUUUUCCCACUGGAAGAUCCCCUCUCUUCGGCGGUUCCUCCUACAGCAGUGGUUCCGGUUAUGGUCUUGGGAGUUAUGGGAGCGCCUUCACGAGUGGGGGUGGUGGAUCCGCGUACGGUGGGUCGAGCUAUGGGGGCUAUUCUUCUGUCUCAAAACUUGGCGGUUUGGCCACAAUUUCUGAGCAUUCCACUCUACCUUCGUCGGCGUCUUCUGCACAACGACGCCUUCCACGAGGCUAUGUCCCCUCCUCCCUGUACUCAACCCCGUCAAAUUAUACCCCUUCUUCUUACACGAAGAAACCUGCCCUCUUCGACACGGAGAAUAUCGAUGUCACGUCGCCACGAAAACCGGCGACGCAACCUCCUCCUUCUUCUUCCAGUACGUCCGAAUCCUCUGCAACGCCGGGCGAAAUUACCCGCGAUAAAACCUUCGGUACUAUUAAGCGGGGUCGUACCGUGAUCCGAAUUCGAACCAAGAAUCAAAAAGAGAACCCUUAUUUGUCCACCGACGAGAGAAAUGAACGUGCCGAAGAACGUAAGAAGGAAAAAGAUAGGGACAACUUGGUUCAAAAGUUGAAGGACGAAUUGCGAGAUGAGUUCCCCGCUGACCUGUUCCAAAAACCGGCCCCUGCCGCCAAGAAAGCGGCUGGGGAUAAGUUUAGGGAAAAGUUUAUGAUUCAGAGUAAGAAGAAAAAGUAUUCUGGAUACAGAAGACCAACGUUAAGCGAUAUUCGGAGCGAAAAGGACUUGUUGCAGAAACAACUUGGCGAAAGAUUAGCGCUUAUCGCGACCGGAUCGGAAAUUACGGAUGAGCUUGAGGACGAGACUGAGCGGUUGAGGGAACGAUUAGCUCAACUUGAGAGGCGGAUUGAUCGAAGGUACUCGAAAGCGUUGAGGAAUUCGAUGUCCACGGAUGAGGAUUCCGCCGCGGAGGAUACGAUUGAGAGGAAAGGGACGCUAAAAUUGAAAAAGAGUUCUUCCAAGAAUGCGUUAAAAUUAAUGACAAAACUUGAUCCGUCGUCGGAUGGUGCUCAUAAAUCGAAUCCAACCACGCCAAGUGAUGAGGACAAAAAGAGUCCCAUGCUUAAGAGGAAGGCGACGCAGAAAUUCUUUUUCCCAGCGGAAGGUGCGUCUUUGGUCCAACCGGAAAUUGUGGAUUUGGAAGCAAUCACACAGCCAGAACCGGAGGAUGACUUUGAGAAGAAUAUCCUCGCCCAUAGAACAACUGUGAGGAAGUUGAGCCAUCAGAAUGUCAAGUACAUACAGCCGAGAAAGUCUUCCUUGGAUAUGGUCGAUAUUUUAGAAGUGGUCAACAGUUUGAAAAGUGGGGAUGGGAGUGAAACUCAGAAACCGGAAGUUGCUCAAGCCAGUGAUGAAACCAAGCCAAAGAAAGUUGUGAAGAAGAGGAAAACUCCGGUUGUUACUGCACCCCCAAUUUUAGACUUAAAAUCAGAAUUGGUUGAAAAUCCCCCACCACCACAACCACCACCACGAAAGGGUAAAAGUCCUGUGGAGAAAGUUAAGCCAAAAGCAGUGGUUGAUGUGCAUGUCGACGUGGUAAUACCAGUACCGCCAGUAAAGAAAGUGAUCGUCCCUCCUCCGCCAAUUGUGGAGAAAGCUGUACCACCACCAGCACCGGUAGACAAAGUUGUACCACCAGCAAAAGUAGACAAAGUUGUACCACUAGCACCAGUAAAGAAAGCUGUACCACCACCAGCACCGGUAGACAAAGUUGUACCACCACCACCAGUAAAGAAAGCUGUAUCACCAACACCGGUGGAGAAAGCAGUCGUCCUUCCUCCACCGAUUGGGGACAAAGCUGUAGCAACACCCGUGGACAAAGCAGAAAAAGCACCAGCGAAGGUGAUUCCUGCUCCAGAAAAGAAAGUUGAAGUUCCACCCCCCGCACCUGAAAAGAAGACUGUCAUACCGCCACCAACACUAAAGGAGAAAGUGUCAGAGGAGAAAGCUGCUGCAAAAACUCAACCCGUGGUGAAAGCACCUCAAGCCGUUAAGAAACCACCAAAUACGACCGGAGUCCCAACAUUAUCAGAAUUGGCGACAUCAAAAUCCAACGAGAUAAAAAACACAGAGGUGCCCAAAUCAAAAACAACGAGUCCACCACUUAACGGAAUUAGUAAGACGCAUAACAAUAUUUUGCAAAAUGCAACAACCCUGCUAAAUACAGAUGCAGCGCAAGGAAUUUUGGCUGAAAAGACGGAAUUGAAACAAGUCCCGAUAAAACCGAAACCGAUCACAGCCGCCGCGCCCACCACAACUCCACUUUUUCUCCAAGAUGCAAUUACAACUGAAAAUCUCACCGACGCGGAUACCACGAAAAUCCCGACACCUGCCAAAGCAGUUCCACUACUUCUCACUAAAAAUAAGCCAUUGCUCAACACAGAAACCAGAUCCAGCUCUUUGGACAAGGUCACAAAACCCACCAACAAACUACAACAAGUGCUCCAACAUUGCUCCAAGUCUUCCUCGUUUGAUAAUUCUGACAGUAAAACUACCACAGUUGUUGGUGGUGAUGAGGCACAAGACGCAAUUUCGAACAAGAAGGCUGAACCAGGAAACAAACAGACUGAUAACGAAGGUGAUAAAAUAAUGUGCAAUUCUCAACCAAAGUCUGAGGAGAAGAAGGAGGAGGAGAUGAAAGACAUCAAACUGAACGCAGUGCCAAUGUCAAUCGAAAUCGACCCUGACAAAGAAAACAUUACAGAGAAAUUUGAAACUAAACCCAAACCAGCAACGUUGUUACCACAUGUUGACGAGAAGAAUGCAAAUUCCGAGGUUUCUAGUGAUGCAAUAAGCAUUUCACAAAUUACGACACCCGAUGAUUCGCCAAAAUCGCCAAAAUCCUUGGAUAGCGGUACCCCAAAAACCACUCCACCCGAUACUCCCGUAAAUAUUGCGCCUUGGCGAGUAAAAAACAAAGCAGUUGUUGCACCCCAAAAACCUGCCGAUGCACCGAAACUUCCCCAACAAAAUGAACCAACUCCUUGGCGAACGAAAAAUAAAGCUCCGCAAAAGGCGGCGGUAGCAGCUCUAGCGAAAGCAGGCUUGAAGGAUGCAACGCCACCGCUUUCCCCAAAAUUGAAAGCUUUACAAAAUAAACUUGUUGAAAACAAGGAGACGAAGCAAUUUACAUUUGAUAAACCGUACGCUAAAAGCGAACAGGUUAGCAAUUCUUCGUCAUCCAAGGAGACCAGCCUUUCGCCCACCUCGGUCACUUCGAUGAGCCCGGUGGACAGCCUGUCCCCAAAAUCAGUUACAAGCUCGGUAGAGAAUCUUUCUCCACGAUCUAAAAGCAGACCUGCCUCAAAGUCUCCCACUCCUCCUCCUGCUACGCUUCCCCUCGUAAAUCUCAAAGGCAAGACCAGCAUCGAACUGAAAAAAGUACCUGAAUCACCGAUUGAAACGAAGCCAGUAACCUCGCCACUGCAAAGUCCAAACGUUGACGAUUAUAAUGUCAUCGUGAAAGAAAUCACGGAACAGUUGACGACAUCAAUGAAAGAUGUUAGUCCCUCCGUUGUAGAAACAGCAGUGCCUGAAAAAGUUGAACCUAUUCAGCCCAAACCCGAGGUACCAAAACCAUCGACAUCUAAACAAUUUUUAGAAUCCAUUAAACCUGUUGAGUCAAAACCCGCAAUUCAAACUCCGGUAAAGUCAAAAUCUGAUGAGACUGUCCCCACUACUUCAGCCACACCUCCGCCACCCGUUGAUACCACACCCAUUUCAACUGCCCCCACAGAAGACAAAGCCGCAGUUCCAAAAUCUCCCAUCAGAAAAUCUCGCCUUCCACAAACCAAGUCCAAAUCCGAUGAGAAAGUCGUGACUAAAAAGUCGAAAUCAUUGGAGAAACCAAAGUCCAAAAAACGUCCGAAAAGUGGUGACACAUCUGUACCGGAGAGUCCAGUGACCAUCUCUGGUGAAGGUGAAUCGUCGUGCACCACAAGUGUCACCCCUGAGGACAAAGACAAAAACAAUAAAAAUGAAUCUCCACUCAACUUUGACAAGAAAAGUGUUGUUGGUCCCGUUCCAAAAAAAUCUGCUUCUCUUGAAGCAGGCGAAAAUCAAGAUAAAGAACAAAAUGUUGAUGGAGAAGACGGAAAAGAAGAGCCAACCACGGUUCGGGAGCGCUUAUCUUCCUCAAGUAGCAGCAGUGGUAGUGGAAGUAGUGGAUCUACACUGACCGCAAAAUCAGGGAGUACCAGCAGUACGGGCAGCUCGUCGGCUUCUGGUUCUGGAAAAUCGUCUCGUUCUCGCAGAUUGCCCUCACCCCCGGUGGAUGACGACUCUGACGAAGAGACGGUCAGCUUGGAUAAAAUAUGUCCGGCUAAAAAUCGACCAAAAUACAGAAAAUAUGAAGUCGAAGAUUUCCAAUUUCUCAAGGUUUUGGGGAAAGGCAGUUUCGGCAAGGUCCUUCUCGCCGAGCUGAAAGACAGUGAUUCCUACUUUGCCAUAAAAUGCCUUAAAAAGGACGUCGUCCUAGAAGAUGAUGACGUUGAGUGUACCAUGAUUGAGAGAAAAGUCCUCCUCAUGGGAUCAAAACAUCCAUACCUUUGCCAUUUAUUUUGCACAUUUCAAACAGAGUCGCACCUAUUCUUCGUCAUGGAAUACCUGAACGGUGGCGAUUUAAUGUUCCACAUUCAACAAUCUGGCAAAUUUACGGAGGAAAGGGCACGCUUUUAUGCUGCAGAAAUCGUCUCAGGUCUCAAGUUUCUUCACAAGAAGGGAGUCAUGUACAGAGAUUUAAAACUCGACAAUAUCCUUCUCGAUUACGAGGGACACAUCAGAAUUGCGGACUUUGGAAUGUGCAAACUUCAGAUCUAUUUGGACAGAACGGCCGACACUUUUUGUGGCACUCCAGACUAUAUGGCUCCAGAGAUAAUUAAGGGGCUCCGAUACAAUCAGUGCGUUGACUGGUGGGCCUUCGGGGUUUUGUUGUACGAAAUGCUCGUUGGCCAGUCUCCAUUUAGUGGGUCAGACGAGGACGAAUUGUUUUGGUCCAUUUGUAAUGAACAAGUCCAUUUCCCAAGAUUUCUGAGCAAAGAAUCAAAAUGGAUUCUAGAACGGCUUUUGGAGAAGGACAGCUCUCGUCGUCUGGGAAUGGCAAGUUGUGCAUAUGGAGAUGUUAGCAAACAAGUGUUUUUCAAUCAGAUCGAUUGGGACAAGUUGGAAAAGAAAGAGUUGGAGCCUCCAUUCCGGCCUAAACUGAAACACCCCCUCGACGUACAAUAUUUUGAUACCACUUUCACCAAAGAAAUUGCUCGCCUGACCCCGGUUGACAAGGCCAUUCUGCAAUCCAUGGACCAAUCUCAGUUUGACGGUUUCAGCUACACGAAUCCACACACGACAGAUUAAUGAUUAAGUGCAUUUCUAGAAAUUUUAAGAUUUUUGUACAAAUGUUAUCGCGUGAAAGUGAUGACAUGCAUACAUAAUUUGUCAAGUUGUUACAUAAACUACCACUGAUUUUUUUGAGUGAAAGGGUCACAUUUCAGAAACUUAUAAUGUUACAUAAUUGUGAAUGAACCACACACAAAAAUUAAUUUUGACCUUUCAUUCACCACCCUUCGCCGUUAAAUUUAUUCGUAUCGCGCAGUAAUUUUUGUACAUAAAGACAAUCACUUACUUAAAUAUCGAGCUAUAAUUAGUAAUUAAAGGUUGUGUAGUGAUCUUAUCCCGGAUGAAGCUGUAAAUUUAUUGUGAACAAAAGAACCAAGUGACACUUUGUUAUGCAAUUUCAAAAAAGUAUUAUUUUUUCAGCCAGUUUUUGAAUUUUUUCAUAGCAUAUUAAAAAUUGCAUUGCUUAAUGAGUAUUUUGGAGAUUUAAAUAUAAUCUCGAUAAUUAUUUGUUAAUUUUUAGGAUCAAGAUAUUGUUGAUCCUUUGGCACAAAGUAAAGUAAGAACGACAUUCAGAAAAGGGAAAUCUGCGAAUUAUUUUCGCAGAGAAGUAUUUAUUGAUACAUAAAUAAAUGACUAUUUCUCUAAUCGAAAAUUCAAAGAAAUAUUGUUGAACUCUUUAAAAAAAUAUUAUGGUAAUUAAAUUACAUCAUUCCAACUGCUUUCGUUGUAGAAAAGUUCCCGAUUUUAUUGAAUUACAUGAAAAUUUGUUGGUGCUAAAUAUGUAGAUAUGCAAUUUAUUAUUAUUAAGUACUGACUGUAGCAUAACCAGUUAAAUGAUGUGUCAUGAUAUAAAAAGUGAACACUUUUCAAGCAAAAGUGACAUUUUAUCGGUAUUAUUAUAUUGCUGCUACAUAUUUAGUUGUAAUUAGGCCAAGUCGAAUUUUUAUUGUAUGUAACGCUGCCUGCGAACGCUUGUAACGGGUAAAUAUAUUUAUGUAUAAAAUGUAAUGGAUCUAAACAAUUUAAAAUAAAUGGAAUUGUUUAAACAUCAAAA